GCAGGCAACAUCGACGGUCGCGUCGCGCAUAUAGCCCGUGCCCAACAGCAGCAGUAGUGUACAUCCCGCUCAGCUGUAGCAAAUAUAUAUAGACAUAUAGAGUCCGCGCGAUAUAUACCUUGCGUUGUAUAUACAUAGGUAUACUUUUGACGUUUAUAUAUAUAUCUACCGAAAGCUCGUCGUCGGUCGCCGCGCGCAGCCAGCAUUGCUCCGAAAGAGAGGGAUAUACAGGAGACUUCUCUCCUUCCUUCUCUCUCUCGUACGCUUGUCGGUAUUAUAUUCUGCUAGACCAGCAGCUGUGUUACUCCUAUCUCUCUCUAACUCAAGCAGCAGCAGCAGCAGCAGAGCUGCGCGACUUGUUUGUGUCGUCCGCCGACCCGUCGUUAGUGUGUGUGUGUGUUUGUAUACAUCCAUACAUACGCAUUACACACGAACGCAUACAACUCGCGCGCAAGCGCUCUGUCGACCAGAAACCGCCAAUCUCCUCGCUACUCCGCAUUGUGUGCGAAUUUCGUUUCGCGCACGCACCACAAUAAGCCGAGGUUAGGUUCUGUCAUUUACUACAGAGAGAGAGUAGAGAGAGUAGAGUAGAGUUGUAGCAAGCACGUCGUGCGCUCCGACUGCAUGGUUACAGCAGUACAGCAACAUUUAAAGCAUAAAAGAAUAAUCGAAAGCUGAAAAAGUGACAUCGACACUCUGGACGACGAAAAUUGUUCAACAGCAGAAAUCAUAACCGUUUUGUGAGCAUUAAUAACCAGUGAUCGGCACGUUGUGACGUAUCGGCAGCACGCAUUAUAGCCAAGCAGUAGAGCAGCAGCAGCAGCAAGUGAAAUCUCAUUUCUCAGGAGUGGGGCUAAUAGCAUUUUCAUAUAAAAAGUGUCGGAAUCAAGAGAAAGACAGAGACAGACAUAUAUAUAUAGAGAGAGACGGUACGAUCAAGUACGAGGAAGAACGAAGAGGAAGGUGGGAGGUAACAGAAAAUUGGCUCUGUGCUCUGCUUGUGCUAAGCAGGGAAGAGAGAGAGCAGCAGCAGCGAGUUCAGUACGGGCGCUGACACGAUGGGCAGACGUUUCCCAAUUAUAAUCGAAAAGCAGCAGAGAGCACUCGAUGCCGGUACUGGCGAAAUCCAGCCAAGGUUGUGUAUGUGAGCAAAAGAAUCGCAAACAUGACCAUCAUUGUAUUUCUCGUUGAUACAUCAGCAUCGAUGAAUCAGAGGGCCUACCUGGGAGGUAGGCCAACGCUGCUCGAUGUGGCCAAGAGCGCAGUGGAGACCUUUGUCAAGAUAAGGCAAAGGUCACAAGACAGUCGUGGAGAUCGAUAUAUGCUUCUAACAUUUGAAGAUACUCCGAACAACAUAAAGGCCGGUUGGAAAGAGAAUCUCAACACGUUCAUGAACGAGUUGAAGAAUCUGUCCUGCGUCGGUCUCACGAACAUGGGCGCGGCGCUGAAGAACGCCUUCGACGUGCUGAAUCUGAAUCGGAUGCAGACCGGCAUCGACACCUACGGACAGGGCCGCUGUCCGUUCUACCUCGAGCCGUCGGUCAUCGUGGUCAUCACCGACGGCGGCAAGUACACCAACGCCAACGGAAUUCAUCCGGACUUCACUUUACCCAUGAACGUGCUGAUACCCGGCUCGGAGCUGACCAAGGAGCCCUUCCGCUGGGACCAGAGGCUGUUCUCGCUCGUGCUCCGACUCACGGGCACUCCGGCCGUCGAGCGAGACACGGGCCUCGUGCCGUCGGACCUGUCGCCCAUCGACGCCAUGUGCGAGGUUACCGGCGGCCGCUCCUACUGCAUCACGUCGCAUCGCAUGAUGAUGCAGGUCAUCGACUCGCUCGUGCAAAAGGUUCAGGCGGGCGUGGUCAUUCACUUCGAGAAAUUCGGUCCGGAUCCGCAACCCGUGGCGUUGGCGCAGAACGAGGCGCCUCGAAAUCCAGCCUAUCCGAACGCACCAGGGCUAGGGCCAGUGGCAGCGGGAGCAGCACCAGGAGCACCGCCACAAGCUCUAGCAGUUCCGGGGCCAGCCGGUCCCAUCCUUAACAACAAUCAGUUCAACAACAACACGGCGUGGCACUCGUGUCGAAAACUCAUCUACGUGCAGAAGACGGCGAGCAAGGGAUACGCCGUGGGCUACUGGCCCAUACCCGAGAGCUUCUGGCCGGAUCCCGUGGCCAAUUCGCUGCCGGCCAGAUCGGCGCAUCCGGUCGUCAAAUUUUCUUGUGUAAGCCAGGAGCCGCUCGUCAUCGAGAAUCUGCCCUUCGACAAGUACGAGCUCGAGCCGAGCCCGUUGACGCAGUACAUACUGGCGAGAAAGCAGCCGACGGUCUGCUGGCAGGUCUUCGUCGCCAACUCGUUCAAGUCCAGCGACGUCAGCCAUCCGUUCGGCUAUCUCAAGGCCAGCACCAAGCUCGACUGCGUCAAUCUGUUCGUCAUGCCUUACAAUUACCCGAUGCUACUUCCAAUGCUAGAGGACCUGUUCAAGGUGCACAGAGGCAAACCCACGCUCGAGUGGAGAGCCGCGUGGAACAAUUAUAUGAAGAUAAUGCCUUCGUACUACGUACCCCCAAUGAGAAGAGCCUUGAUCAAGAUGAACGCGCCGGGACCAUUGAUACAGUCCCUGUUGCCCGACAAUAUGGACAAUUCGCUGUCCUACAACGUGAGCAAUUACCUGAAGCGUCUGAAGAACACGGCGAAGAACGAGUUUGACCGGCUCUGCUCCAAAGUCAGCGAGCUGACGCUCAGCAAGAGCUUGACGAACCCGGGAUCCAGCGCGGUUAUCGAGGGUCUGCGCGUGACGUCGCGCACCACACUGAAAAAAGAUCUGCUGAGCAACGAAUUGCGUCUAGAAUUGAGCAAGUAUCAGGACUUCGCGGUCGGCCUGGUCAAGAAUCGCCAGCAGCAGAGGGGAGCGCAGAGCUACCGCAACGCUUUCGACAUACCGAGGAAGGCUCUGCUCGACCAGGUGAUCAGGAUGCGCGCCAACUUUCUCCAGCCGGCGCUACAGUACACCAAGCUGCUGGACGACGACUACGUGCACUCCAUGCCGGUGGCGCAGAUGGGCAACUAUCAAGAGUAUCUGAAGCGCUCGACGCCGCCCCUCAAGGAGAUCGAAUCUCAACCUGUCCGGCAGCACAUGUUCGGCAAUCCCUUCAAAAUCGACAAAAGAAUGAUGGUGGACGAAGCCGAUAUGGAGCCGGACAAGUCGAAAUCGAGGAAUCAGGACGACUUACAGAAGGGUCAGAAACGACCGGCGUCCGAUCUUUCGCCGGCGGGGGCAGCGAUUCGCCCCAAGCGCAAACCGGGACCGCUAGCGAGAGACUUCACCCUGCGAAGGCCGUCGAUGUGCUCGUCGACCUCGAGUUCGCCCGCCAGUUCGCCGUCGAGCUCGCCCAUUCCCUGGAGAGACGAGAUCAUGUUCCCGUCGUCGCCACCCACCUCGCCGCCGGCUCUUCAUCCACCCUUCGUCGUGCCGAGCAUCAACAACGUCAACAGAUAUCCGAAUUCCGUUAACUCAGUGCCUAACGCCGCCUCGUACGGUCCCAUGAUGAUGGCGCCGAUGACGAGCAGCAGCAGCAACAACAACGCGAAUCUGCUGCAACACUCGCCACUGGUGAACGGCACCCUGGGCAUGCUCAACAACGUCGCCGCUGCCCUCGAAGGCGGCAACGGCAACAACGGUGAUAUUAGUGGUGGUGUCGGUGUCGGUGGUGGUGUUGUGUUGAGCAAUCACGUCGACGCGAAGAAGUGCGCCAACAAAAGUGACGGGGCGAAUAAUUUUAUGAUGAACAACAUUAACAGUAGAGGCAUCAUCGCCAACAAGACUGAAAUGAGUCGAGUCGAGUCGAGGCGGGUCGACGGACAGUUGAUGUACGACGUCGCCAGUGCGGUGAGACUCGAGGCCGAACUCGAGGGUGUUACGAGCAACGUCAAAUCUAUUAUCGGAACCGGUAAUACGAGUAGUUACAAUAGUAGUAGUGGUGCUGGUGGUGCCGGUGGAGUGGUGGGUGCCAGAAGUUACAGUGCUAACAAGUCGGCGUCGUCGUUGAGGGCCAAUCACGUGGACGAGAGGGCACCAGCGUCGUCGCAGUCGCCGCUGAUCCUGCCUAGGGCUGCCGACGUCAAGCUAGAAAAGGACAGGCCGCUGUCGAAGAGCAAGCUCGAGAGCAUCAGGCAGCACAACAAGGACGUGAUGGCCGAGGUGUACAAAGCCGUGCGGCGGCAAAGAACGAAUUUUACCGAGCUGCUUUCUUACUUGUACACGAUUCACGGCGAUCUCGAGACCAGAGUGUCUUUUUUGCGUAAUGUAGCGAGCGAGCUGAGGCGCUUCAAGAGGCGCCAGCUCGCCGACGAGGUUGAAGAGUACACCAAGAAGGUCGAAAGGGAGACGAACGGUUAUACCGUCGUUGGGAACAAACCAGUAUUCAAUGGGACCGCCAAGAUAAGGUCCUAAACGGUUUGACGAGGCCUUGCUAGUUGUUGUUGUUGGUUUUUUUGCCUUUAAAAAGACAGUCGUUCGAGGGAGAGAAAAAAAUAACGAUGAUCGCGUCUUUCUCUCGUUGACCACAUAUCACACCACAUGGGAGAGAGUAUCUACGAUCGAAGACAAGAACGAUCAAUGUUCCCCUUAUUUUUUAUGUACAGUCGCAAAAACCACGAAAAAUGGGGUAAAAUAGCCAGCUGACUAAUUGAUCGAUACUUGUCAAAAAAAAAAUCUUGUUAUAGUUCGUAAUUAUUUUUUCUUCUCGAAGAAUCGUAGCAUGUAAGACUUCAAAUUUACAAUUGUACAACUGAAUCAAUCAUUUUCUAACGAUGAUCGUACGUAGUUGACACAGCGGUAGACUUUAUUACGAUAAGCUCAUGAGAGAAAUUAGAAUUAAAAUUUAGGUAUUUAUUUAAAAUUGAUAUUAGACAGAUAAGAGAAUUAUAUUAUUUAAUUGGCACGGAUACCGAUCAACAAAAAAAUGAAAAAGUAUCUGUUUUGACUUGGAGGAAAAUACUGCUGCAUAUUUUACAAUGUAUAUUACUAAAUUGAAUAGUGUAAAAAGUAACCAAGCCCUGAGAGCAUUCAUUUUUUGCGAGAUGUCUGUUCUUGAGAAAAUUAAAGUUUUUUUUUAAAUAAAAGCCAUCAUGCUUGAUAAAUGAGUUUCUCACGAAAUUAUGAUUGAAAAAAUGAAAUCAAAAACUUUUAUAACAAUAUCAAACGUCUUGCUUUUUUUGAAUCAUAACAAAAUGAAUCAUGGAUUUAAAGUUAAAAAAUCGUUCUCUGUUCUCCGUAAAAAUUUUGAAAUCAAUUAUAAUCGUUAGAAGGUUUCGUUAUUUAUACGUUUUUAAAAUUGACUUUUACGAUGACGUUCUUGAAACCUUGAUUUUUUAAAAAUCCUAAUGAGAAUCGUCGUUUUAAAUUUGUUAUCAUUGCAAAAUUCUUGCGCAAUGCGACGUGUCGACACGCAUGUUAUUGUUAAUUUUUGAGAUCUUUGAAGCGUGAAAGGCAGUUUUACAAAACAAAUGAAUUUACACACUAAAUGAAUUGAAUGUACACUAAUUUUUUUUUGUUUUUUUUUUUUACCUAAAAUUUUGAUUCAGUUUGUAAAUACGAUAGAAUUCUCGAAAUCAAAACUCGAGAUAAUAAAUCAAUGGAAUACCUUCCGAUAACGGUACAAAACAAAAAUUGUAGACCAGGCUAAAUUAUGUUUAUGAAUUUUUCCCUGGGCGUAAACGAGACGUCGAAUUUACAACAUACGCUUACCGGCUGUUUAACUAUUUAGCCGUUUACUUUAAGUUCCACUAAGUGCGAUUCUCGUUGUUGUAAGUUGAUGAAUAAAUUACAUGAGAGAGUCGCGAGGGGACGUAGAAAAAAGAAGAUUAUUAUUGUUAAAUUAUUAUAAUGAUUGUUAUCACAACGAUCACUACCUACGAUUAUGAAUACUUUUAGUACUAUUACCAUUGCCGCUUUUAAGCUUUACAUAAAAUUAUUAUCACAAUUAUAGCCUCUAAAAAUUUAUUUUGGAAAAUUGGGAACUUGCAUAGUGAUUAUUAUUUUUUUAAGAAUUGUUCGAUUUGAUUGUCAAUUCCAAAAACGAAUUGAAUUAUAUAUAACGAUAUAUGUGCAAGUGCCCAAAAUGACGAUGUAUUUUAGAAUUACGAAAAGAAAUUCAUUUAAAAAAGUAAUGAAGUUAAACGAUGUAAAGUAUUGUACAUUUUUGUAUUAUAUAGAUACGUUUAAACUGUAGAUGAUGAAUAUAUGUAAAUAAAUGUGUAAUGAUUCAAACAUAUUCCAAGCACCAUAGUCAACAAUUUGCUUUUGAGCUUGUCUUUUUCAUUCGUGAACUCUUCAUUUCAUUAUUUUUUUUUUUUUUUCGUUGCAUUAUUUUCAUUUUAAAGACUUCCUAUACUGCCUCUAUAAAUAAUUUUUCUACUUAUUUUUUUUUUUGAAAUACCACAACGUGCGUACGAUAAUGAAUGA